AUGCGCCGGCCGAGAGACGACUCUGAAGAUGACGAGAUUCCGCUGCACCACAAGAAGCCCUUUGGAUCUGGGUUGAAGCGCAACAAGAUCGAGUUUGUGCGCGCCACGGAAUCAGACGACGGCACAGCAGCCGUCUCAAAGCCCCGAGUAGCGACUGCCAUUGGCGACUUGUAUGCGAGCAUAGUUUUGGGCGAUGGUCAAGUCAACUCUGUUUCUGCGCCGGCAACGACAACAGCCAGCCCCCAACCAGACGUAUGCCCAGUCUGCUCUCUUCCCAUCACCACGUCAUUGAAGGAACAUGAAGCAUCACUGGCUCAUCAAGUAAGCAUGCCUCACUCACAUCCACCGUCGGCACUGGACCGGUCACGAAUGGGCUUGCGAGCCCUGAAGUCCCAAGGAUGGGACCCGGAUGCGCGACGUGGUUUGGGCGCGGAAGGCGAGGGAGUGCGAUAUCCCAUCAAGACAAAGGCCAAGGAUGAUAACCUGGGCAUCGGUGCGGCCGAAUUACUCGAGAGGCAGAAACAGGAGGCCAGGGAGCCACCGCCCCGCAAGUUGACGGGCAAGGAACUGAAGCAGGCUAUGGCAAAGGAGAAACAAAGGGCGGAGCGGCUUCAGGCAGAAAUCUAUGGCAGAGUUGACGUGGAGAGUUAUCUGCGACGGCAAAUGGACGAUGAAUGA